GCAUCAUUUAUCACAAAUGGAAAAGCUGAAGAAAGAAUUUGGUGAAACACUUGACAAGGGGAAACAGCUGUUCCCAGAAAGUGAUAAAAUGAAAGAAUAUGAACAGAGGUUUGAAGAGAUGACAACAGGAAGGAAUGAGCCAAGCUAUGCUGCAUAUGGACUCAACAAUCAUCUGAAAAGGGUACUCAAACCAACUGAUCAUCAGAAGUCUCCAUUCAAAAUCCAAGGGAUUGAUCUCAACACACAAAGGUUCAGCAAAGAUGAAGAAGAAGUAUGGAGCUGGAUUAAUGGAAGAAAGAACCGAGCAAUGAUUGAGAUAUUCCUCUGGAACAACGUUACUUGCUUGAAGCAUCACAUUCAAAGCCUACAAAUUGGAAAAGAAGUGUUGUUCCAUGUUGUUGAUGCUUAUACAAGCAUACUAAACGAAGAUGAAAAAUUCAGAGCAGCAGAGUCUCCUUAUAGGUUUUUCUGCAGUACAAUGGUGACAAUGGGAAAUGUGGUUAAAGGAAGCCAAUUGGUAGCAAACAGUACUGAUCCAAAUAUAACAUACAUGAAGUUCAAAUCCAACAUGGAUGCAAUUUUGUUCAAGCACAGAGUUGAUAUUAAUCAUGUUGAUCUGGAAGAUUUGUGUUGA